AUGCCUCUUUCAAAGUCCAGUGAAAUAGUCAUCGUCGGUGGUGGGGCGUUCGGCCUGUCCACAGCUCUCCAUCUGACGCAGGCCGGCUUCACCAACAUCUCUAUCUAUGAGCAAGACGACCAAAUACCCCCUCGCUAUUCUGCAGCCAAUGACCUGAACAAGAUUGUCAGAGCAGAGUAUGAGGACCCAUCCUGGACAGAAUUGACUAUACAAGCCAUUGCAGCAUGGAAGACACCAUUCUUUGCCCCGCACUUCCAUCAAACUGGGUUCAUCCAUUGUGUAUCCAAGGAUGCACCCGAGGAGGCUUCUGCUACGCUCAACAGGUUCCGGGUGGCAGCGGAUGCCCACCCGGAAAUGAAGGCCCAUGUUGAACCUUUCACCAAAGAUGGGGACAUCCAGAAGCGCUUCUGGCAGUACCAAGGAUCUUUCCCCGGCUGGACAGGAUACUUCAACGGCUACGACGGAUACGCUCACUCUGGGAAUGCUUUGGCCUCAGCCUAUCGCGCUGCGCAGGCCAGCGGCGUGAGGUUCUUCCUUGACUCGCAGGGUUCCGUGUCACGCAUCGUCUACGGAACCGCAUCUGGGGCCAGGAAGGCAACAGGGAUUGAGCUGGCUGACGGGCGAAUCCGUGCCGCUGACCUGGUCAUUGUUGCUGUCGGCGCCGCGGCCACAAAGCUCGUCCCCGAGAUCGGAACCCAAGUCGUUGCCAAGUCUUGGUCCGUCGCCCACGUUCAUCUCUCAGACGAGGAGGUUUCUGCGCUCCGCGGCAUCCCCAUCACCUAUGCUCGUGACCUUGGUUUCUACUUUGAGCCUGACCCGAAGACCAACCUGCUCAAGAUUUGCCCCAUGGGAGGUGGCUAUGUGAACACAAACCCCGAGACCGGCUUCUCUCAUGCACCCACAAAUCUGUAUGACAGUGCUUUCGUCCCGGCCCAUGAUGAGGCAAAGAUGCGCAAGCUUCUUGCCGAUACUCUUCCGUACCUGGCAGAUCGACCUCUUGUGAAGAAGUCUCUCUGCUGGUUUGCCGACACCCAGAACUCGGACUUUAUCAUUGAUUAUGUCCCUGGUACAUCUGAUUCUCUCGUCUUGUUGACAGGUGACUCAGGUCACGGCUUCAAGUUCUUCCCUAUCUUCGGUACAUGGGUCAAGACUCUCUUGGAGAAGGGCGAGCAGUCAAUUGAUAGAUGGCAAUGGAAGGACCCCAACGCCAGCGCUGAGGACAAGAACUGGGGAGGAGCAGUGAGCUGGCGCCUGGGAGAGACCAAGGAGUUUGCGGAGAUUAGACCUGCCCCGAAGUCUAGAAUCUAG